ACAAAUCGGAGUGUCGGCGUCUGCAGCAGCUUUACAGGGCAAUAGUUCACUGUGACUCGGGGAGUUUCUCUCAGUGUGAUCGGAGCUCACCGAGUUUACGAGCUGAGAAGCACACACAUGUGAUCCAGCGAGGAGUCACCGUGUCCACAGCAGCCGCUCAGCUCCACACUGACGUAGGGAUGUGAGUGAAAACCCGCUGAAGGACACUGGACAAGUCUGUGUGUCCACCGUGGAGGACGGCUGCGGUCCCGCUUAACCGGGAGAACUUUCCCCUGAGGUGUUCAAGAGCAAGUGAGAGAGGCCCAAGACACAAUGUCUGUCGGAGCUGAUAGCUGACACUGUAGAAUGAGAGAGGAUGGAACAGAAAGAAAAUCCUGCCCCUGAGAGCAACAACCCUAAUGGGUUUGUCAACCGAGUGUUUAAUGUUUCUCUGGACGUGGCGAAUGAGAGCAGCAGUGUUUAUAUUCAGGACCCUGGGCCUGGGCCUGCAGAGGGGCAGGGAGGGACCCAGGCUGCCUCUUCUCAGUCCGCUGUCAUGGACAGACAGGAGGUCAACCGGAGGCCCCGGGCAUCAGGGGGCAUCUGGAAGAUCUUGAACCGAAAAAGAGCUGCAUCAGAGCUGGAGAGGCGUCCCCACUCCAUGAUCCUGCCUGGGGAAGCUUCCAUCCCUAAACUCUCAUUUGCUGACAAAGUCCGCUCCUUCAAGAAACUUAAAUCCCCCUCUGUGUUUAAAGGCAGGACAGGAAAGUUGUCCACAGCAAAGUUCAGCAACUCGCUGGUGGACGAGGACUCUUUCUGUCCUGACAUUGGAACUCCACAGCAGCCCAGCAGGGGCACACUUCGACACCGUGGCAAGAGACAUUCGUAUGCUGGCUAUACAGCAGAGUUUGACUGCUCCUUCGAAGACAUUGACCUCUCAGCGCCUAUUGAUGGCAAUCAGCAAACUGUACCAGGAGAAGUUGUGGUUCAGAAUGGUUGUAAACCAUCUGAAAGAGUUUCCUAUACUAAAAGAAGCCACAAUAAUUCAACCAACUGUAACAAAACCGCAGGGGGCUGUGAAGAGCCCAGCAUUAAAGGUAGCCCGCAUAUGCCGCAGGGGAGAGGAAGACGGCAGAAAGAUGUUUGGAGUUACCUGAGGAGGAUUUCUCUUUUGGGGAAAGCCAAUCCUGUUUACUCAGAGAGGAGCUUUGACUCUGAGCUCCCCUCUCUGGACAAAACCAUCGACUCAGACUAUGGAUCUGUAGACUUCGAGAGUGUCAGAGACUUUCAACCUCCGCCCCCAAAACACACUGAUGCCAAGGGGCACUUUGGUGGUCUGUUCAAGUUUUUCAACAAUGUAGCAGAGACAGCCAGAAAAUGGCGGACAACAUCCCGUUCUUUCUCUCCUCCAGAGGAAGAGAUGACUCCAGUGAACCACCCACGGGCUCCACAGCUCACAGUGGACAACAUUCACAGUCUGUCCCUGACACUUCAUAAUGAAGGACUUCAAGUAACCCAGCCUAGCCCAUCAUCACCGGUGAACACUAACUCCUCACACUCCAAUAGCUUAGACAGUGAUGCUACAGUGCCUGGGACAGGUGGCCGAUCCCCUAAAGUGGUCCUGAGAGGCUUUAGGACCUGCCCGAAAUCUCAAGCUGUCAACGGCAUCCAGAGCUCUGAGGGUAUAGGCAAAUAUAUAGACAAAGAGACAAACCACACGUCCACAGCCAUCGUAGAGAAUCAUAUCCACCAGUCAGGGUCAAACACAGAACCUCAAAAAGAAGCAGAGGUUGAAGGGGAUCCAUUACACUGUCUCUGUCAAGAGGAAAAGGUAGAGGGACAGACAGGAAAUGAGCAGGAUUCCAAGGAUGCUCCACCUGACUCCCACCACAUACAGGAAGUGAAUGCCCAAUCACAACAAGGUGAUAAAGAGAGCACAACCAAUAGCGUACUAGCAUCAGAUUCCACAGAGGAAAUAUUUAAGCUGUGUGAGCAGAUUGCCAGCCAGACCGGCUGCAGUGUAAGACAGCAAGGCUCAGCCUUGCCCCACUCGAGCACAGAGAGGACGUCUGUACAUCACAGGCCCCUGCGCCCUCGCCCUCGCCCGGCUUCAGUUGCGCUGGACCAGUGGAGACCCAACCCAGACCGAGAUCUCUACAACCACUACAGUGAGGUUGGCUCACUGUGUCGGCGGAGACGCAGGCCUGCUCCCACCAUGCAACAUUCUCUCGGGCACAGAUGGAUGGCUGCUUGCUCCAGGCCGUGCUCUGUCAUAGAGACCAGUGUUACUAGGGAGACGCAAUCCGUGGAGAUGGACCACAGAGCCUUGUCCCGUCCCCCGGGUGUGUCACCAUUAGAGCCCCCACUUAGGGCAUCUCUCCAGCGAUGCAGCUCUCUGCCGCUUUCCCCCAGUACUCUCACCGCCUUGGCACUGCUCCUGCCUCAGUCAGUAGACAUGGGUCAGUCAGCAUCGUCGGUGCGACUGCGUUCUGGAGGUGCGGGUAGCUGCAGGAGGAGGAGGCUGCUGAGACCUGGUUCGGAACCACUGCAGGUCAACAUUUUGAUAAGUGGAGGUUCAAUCGUCAAUGCUGAGGCGGUAUGGGACCAUGUGACCAUGGCGGACCGGGAGUUGGCAUUUAAGGCCGGUGAUGUCAUCAAGGUGCUGGAUGCCUCCAACAAGGACUGGUGGUGGGGCCAGAUUGAUGAGGAGGAAGGAUGGUUCCCUGCCAGCUUUGUACGGGUGGAACCCCACCCUCCUCAGCCCCAAACAAAACAGGUUUUCUAUAUCAACCCCAUAGCAACUCCACGGUUCCAAAACACCACGUCAAAGCUGUGGGUGAACCAAGAGGAUGGGGGAGCAGAACCAGCUGAGGGGACCAGUGAGGUGCAGAAUGGUCACCUGGACCCAACCAAUGACUGCCUGUGUCUCGGCUCGCCCCUCCAGAACCGAGACCAGAUGAGAGCUAACGUCAUCAAUGAGAUCAUGAGCACAGAGAGGCACUAUAUCAAACACCUCAAGGACAUCUGUGAGGGCUAUCUGCGCCAGUGCAGGAAGCGUGUGGACAUGUUCAAUGACGACCAGCUCAAGGUCAUCUUUGGGAACAUCGAGGACAUUUACCGCUUCCAGAUGGGUUUUGUUAGAGACUUGGAGAAACAGUACAACACAGAGGAACCGCACCUCUCUGAGAUCGGACCAUGCUUUCUAGAACAUCAAGAUGGUUUUUGGAUCUACUCAGAAUACUGUAACAACCAUUUGGACGCCUGUAUGGAGCUGAGUAAACUGAUGAGGGAUGGCAGGUACCAGCACUUUUUCGAGGCCUGUCGCCUCCUCCAGCAGAUGAUUGACAUUGCCAUUGAUGGUUUCUUGCUCACACCGGUCCAGAAAAUCUGCAAAUAUCCGCUGCAGUUGGCUGAGCUUCUCAAAUAUACUGCCCAGGAGCACAGUGACUAUCGAUAUGUGGCAGCUGCCCUGGCAGUAAUGCGGAACGUCACCCAGCAGAUCAAUGAAAGGAAGAGGAGGCUGGAGAACAUUGACAAGAUUGCCCAGUGGCAAGCUUCUGUUUUGGACUGGGAGGGAGAUGAUAUCUUGGACAGGAGCUCGGAGCUCAUCUACACCGGGGAGUUGUCAUGGAUCUAUCAGCCGUAUGGACGCAGCCAGCAGCGAGUCUUCUUCCUCUUUGAUCACCAGCUGGUCCUCUGCAAGAAGGACCUGAUACGCCGGGACAUCCUGUACUAUAAGGGCCGCAUUGACAUGGACCGCUACGAGGUGCGGGACGCGAUAGACGGGCGCGACGACGACUUCAACGUCAGUGUGAAGAACGCUUUCAAAUUGUGCAACAAAGACAGCGAGGAGAUCCACAUCUUCCUGGCUAAGAAGCCUGAGGAGAAGAUUCGCUGGCUCAGAGCCUUCCACGAGGAGAGGAAGAUGGUGCAGGAGGAUGAGAAAAUUGGUUUUGAGAUCUCUGAGUACCAGAAGCGGCAGGCGGCCAUGACAGUGAGAAAGGUGACCAAACAGAAAGGUGUAAACAGGUGCACACCCCCCUCAUACCCGCCCCCCCAGGACCCCCUCAGUGCGGGGCAGUAUGAGGUAUCGGAGGACAUGGCACAAGGAGAAGUUUUUGAAUUCAGUCAAUCCAAAAGAGGCCAGGCUCCUUUCUGGCAGAAUUUUAGUAGAUUAGCUCCAUUUAAGAAAUAGAGAUACACAGACUCUUCCGAAGGACCAGCUAUUUUUCUUAGAAGCACUAAACACUGGAUGAUCAUGUCCCAUGAUGAAGAAAAUUAUGAAAAACACACAUACAUUAAAGACUCUGAAGCAAAGGACCAAUGUUAGAAACGAGUGUGAUAUGGAGGAGCAAGAGGACUGAAGACUUGGAUUUAAAAAUAAAAAUUGAAGAAAAAAAUAAACUCACUUCAUAUAUGUUAGUAACCCUCUUAGUUAUCAUGCUUUUUCCAGCUGAGUCGACCUGUCAUGAACUCCUUCCCACAGAUUCUGCAUUAUCCACCCCAUCUGAAUGUCCUGGAGUUAUUGAGAUUAUUAUUCUGUAUGAUUUCAUUUUUAAUCCAUCAUCUGGAUAGAAACACAAGGCUGAGGCGAGUCAUUCCCUGAUGAUAUGCUUGUUGUCCGUAAGAUGAGAUCUUGCUGUGCUGCUAUGUGAGAUUACUCGUUGCAUUCCUGUGAAUGUGAGAUUGAAUGACGAUGGACCCCGGGACAUGUGAGGCUCCACUGUCGGCGCCACGUCUAUGUUAGAUCCACAGACCGGUGAGACCAUCUCUGAUGUCAUGCGUCUGGAUCCCCUCCUCUCUCUCUCUCUCAACUCUACGUACUCCUUUCUCUGGCUGUCUGCAUAUUCAAUAGUCACCCUCUGACGCUCACAAGCAUCACACACCCUCUCUACAUCCCUCUCUUGUCCUCCGUAUCUCUCCACCCACCUGCUUAGCCUCUGUGAGUCAGAGGAUCUCAGUGGAAGAGCUUCAUACUCUUGGAAGCUUGCCAUUGGCUGCGAUAAGAUGGGUCAAGGAACAAAUCAAUAGCGAGAACAUCAAUAGAAUAUUUACAUCCUUUCACCAACCACUUUUGACAGGGUAUUCAUAUCCGAUCACGCCAAGGGGGCUGUGGGUUAUGUUUGACAGCGAGCUCGCCGCUCAGAUGAAACAGCUGGGAGCAGGAGAUAGGCAGGCUACGGUUCACCUGCCUCGUGUCAGAUCCCCUUCCCCGACCCCCCCAGAGACCACCCCUGUAGCACUGUGCUGGCAGCUCACUGGGUGUUUGGUAAGAGCACGGCCUAAAAAUCCACUGAGAGCGAGACAUGAAGUUGAUGCAUUGGCCAAGGUCUAAAUGAAUCUCUCUCUUC